AUGUCACGACUCGAAAGCCGCACUUUGAGCUCAGACCGCUCAAUAUGGCUCGAUCUUUCCGAGGAAACCUUCCGCCAGCAUCUCGUAGAACUCGAAAAGUGCACAAAUGCGGUCCCAGUCGAGCCGCGGAUAUUUCCUCUGGAAGAAGAUGAGAAGGCAAAAGGUCACACACUGCCGCUGCGUGUUGAGCAGCAACUAGCAGACGAUCUUGCCUUCUUAGCUGCUAUCGAGGAAGGUGCUCAAAGCGUUGCUGCCGUAUGUCUAGAAGAGCACGUGCAGCCAGCCGGACUCACGGUACGGUUCGCGGCAUUAGACCUGGCGCUCAGCGGUGAGGUGAAGACUGCAUUGCAGCACAUCGUUGAUACUCUAGCUUUGAGUACUCGUGCGACCGAUGGCUCGGCACGGAUCGAGGCAGUGUUCGAGCAGAUCGUGAAGCUGCACUUUCGCCGACUGCUCGCUCGGCUUAGGUCUAACAAGUGGGAGAAGCCGAAGUACCUCUCCAAACAACACAAGAAGCCUCUGUGGCAAGACUUCGCAAAUCUCAUCCAUCGAGUCCAGUUCCUUUACACCAAGAAGGAAGCGGCAGCGAGACGUUCUGUGGAGGGCCAUCUACAGAGUCUGGCCCCGGCCUAUGAAGCAUUUGAGGCGUCCGAAGCUGGAUCACAGAUUGAGUUCGGCUCUCUCAAAGAGCUCAUCAAGGCAAGUUACCAGUUCUGCAAGGCUAAGGAUAUUGCGGAGUUUGCACGACGCUUAGAAGGCAGCCCUAGUACGACACCCACAGCAAAGGUCGCAUCAGCCAUCAAGUGUCUCCGACAGAUCGAAAAGAUUGCCGCAUACUCGCGCAUUGCGACUUCACUCAUCAACACAAGCCGGGAAUAUCAUUCUCUGUUUCGGAACGAGCUGCAACUGGCAUUCCUGACGCCGUAUAAGAGCGUGCCGACUGCAAUUGGAUACGAGGCGUGGGCGACCAGCUGCCAUGUACACGCAGAGGUCCAAUUAGCCGUGUACUAUGACAUCUUCUUCCAGUCUUCCAAUACGUCUAAGACGAACGGCGAUUCGCAUGCAUGCCUAGAGGCUGAUUUCCACCGCCCCCGAGUCAUCGGAACAUCCAAGUGGCUUUGUUAUCUCUGCUACCUCUUUCUCCACUGUCACGGUUGCUAUGUGCCUGCCAACACUCACGGCCGGCUCUAUGACCAAUGGACGGUGCCUGACCUAACUGAGUAUGGAGAUCAACUAUGCGCUCGCUAUCGUAGCAUUCUACACGCCAUGGACGAUGAAAUCAUUCGAGAAACGAACAACACCGGCCCGGCAGAAGCGGAGGAAUUGGGUCUUGUAAGAUGGCGCGCUGAGCCAAUGACGAGCCGACAGAAUAUUCUGAACACAGACAUCGUGAUUUGACUGCGGACAGUUAAAGGAUAUUCACCACGUUUGGCUGCAAGAUUUCACAUCUAGCCGAAAAAUCAAAGACUCAAAUAAGAGAAUUCGGACAGUGUUGACGCUGCAGUCUGACCCAAACACGAGGCGUGGCUUCCUUAUCGAUAAGCUGCUGUUCACCUG